AAUUAAAGAUGUGUUUUAUACUUUGAACAACCAAUAGGCCAUUUUAAUAACUAUAACUAACAAUAUCUCGUUCAAAACAAGACUUUUGACAAUUAUGACACGCUUCAAGACUUAACACAUUCCAUUUCCAGCUGGAAGACUGAACUACGCCAUUCCAUCAGAAGAAAAGAAUUCUAUUCCAUCUUAUCAAAUGUAACAUUCAUGAAAUGCCUUGAUAGGGAGCGUUGUACUUUUGAACGACAUUUUGUUCGGUAGUUACUCCAUAUGGCUUGUUCCAAGCAUUUCUUUCUUCAUCGAGACGGUAGAAUCAUCAACAACAGUGGAAUAUUUCAUCUUAGCAAAGACUAAAUAUAGUUGCGUCUUAAGCUUAUUAACAUAACAUAAGUGAUAUAUUAAAGAAGCUUUGUGAUACACCGUUGGUGACUAGUAACUUUAAUACCUUCGAUUUGAAACAUAUUGUGUGGGCCUUUUAGCUAAUACCAAAGGCAUAAGAGCAACUCUACCGAUCAGUGUAGUCGUGAGCAAGCUGUUAAAAAAUUACAUUUUUUGUUGUAUGAGCCGUCGUUAUCGACUUCUUGGGGCAGACGGUCAUUAUAAUUUUUUUCCACGAAGACAUUCGGCAUAUUAAAGUGGAACUAUACAAAUGAAGGAAGUGGGAAAUGUAUUGAAGUGAUCUCAAUCAAAGAAUUUCGAUCUCACAAACUAGUUCAUGAUGGAAGUUUUACUAAUUUUAAUGGCUUUUCUAUUGCCUUUGGAAUUUUCAGCGACAAAAACAAGAAGAACUUUAAAAAUCAUGCAAAGUUUACAAAAUGGAACUUACGAGUCAGGAACAACAGUGAUGAUGAGAUGCGAGAUUCAAAAUGCAACUUCAUAUCGCUGGCUCAAGGAUGGCCAAAAUCUUUUCCUUAAUGAAGAUGAUUUUGUACAAAGAAGUAAAGAGCUAGUUAUCAUCUCGUUGAAUGAACAAACAACUGGUGUUUACGAGUGUGUGGGAACAGACGAAAACGGAAAUCUUGGUCGUACUGCAGCAAGGAUUAAGCUUCCGGAUCCAUGGUGCAUUCGUCCAUACGAUCCUUAUACAGCGUGCAUACAUGUUGACGAAUGGUUGUGUGAGAAUAUCAAAAGCUUCCCUCCGAAGGUUGACAACUUGAGAGUGGAAAUUCAAGUCGAAGGCAACGUUCCAGCAGGACAAAUACCUCAAGUACGGUUGGCGAUAACAUGGGAUGUUCCUAGAAUAGGUCGAGCGGAUCUAUGGGGCUGGCAACUUACGGUACUCAGCCCUUAUACUGCUAAUAGUUACAAGGAGUGUGAUCAAUACAACAGAGAACCAAAGUACUUUGAUUCAAAAGAGGACAUGACAGAGGAAUUUUACACUUUUAUUCCACCCAGCAAAACAUCUGUCACAUACCGUGUAGAAGUAAAAUCAAUUCCAUAUAAUAAUGGUACUGAUGCUGCAAAAAUAGAAAUUAAGUCACCUGGUGAAUGCGAUUUAAUAACAAACCCAAGAGACCGGGAAGCAUGUUGCAAGUUAAACAUUGAAGGUGAUAUGGUGACAACGAGAAACAGCAGUGUAACUUUAAACUGGACUUCAUACUUCCCACGUAAUUUAAGUAUUACCAUUGAUAUGUUUGUCAUUCAUUGGAUCAGUGAAAAUAGAGAAGUUUGUGAUGAUGGAUUUAUUACGCUGAACUCUCAAAGAUCAAAUUACACCAUCUUAAAUCUAUCCAAUCACUGCAAUUUUACAAUAGAAAUAAGAGCGUUCUUUUCGUCAUCUAUGAACCUCCCUUGCAAACAUUCGAUGAUUAAAAUCUUUAACUACAUACCACCAACUCUUACUGUUGGCAAUGUAAGUUCAACUACACCAGAAAUUCCUACACCCAUAUUGGCAAAAGCAGGUUUUGUAAUCGCUGCUGUUUUAGCUGGUGUUGUUAUUGCCUCUUUGAUAUAUAUUUUAAAGAAACGAAAUGUGAAAAAAUAUGCACAUGAUGCCCUUGGAAUGGAAAUUGGAAGAAUAUUUGAUUACAGGAUAACAUCGUCCAGUUUCAAGAAAGAUUUUCCACCACAUGGUGCAAGAUUGAAUACCAAUUCAGCUUGGUCAUCUGAUGUGGAUAAUGAACGGCAAUGGAUUCAAAUAGACCUUUGCAAGAAGAAAGUUUUGUCAGGAAUUGCAACCCAAGGCUGUAAGGCAGCCGAUGAAUGGGUGACUGAGUAUUCAGUUUCAUACAGCAAUGAUGGUGAAUUGUACGAGACUUAUCAAAUUAAUGACAUUGAAGAGGUAUUUAUUGGCAAUCGUGAUCGGAAUUCUAUUGUGAAAAAUGUUUUCUCACCUCCCAUAACGGCACGUUAUAUUCGCGUUCAACCAAAGUCUUGGCACAACAAAAUUUCGAUGAGAUUGGAGUUAUACGGACCCAGCAAUAUCGAUCCAACAGGUCAGGUGAGUGUUUUUAUUCUAAAUCCAAAUCACUGUGAUUUGUGCACGGAUGUUGUGCACUCAUUGGCUGUGUUAUUGAUGAAGACUGGACGUAUUCAUUGUGAAGUUGACAUUUUUGCACCCAUGAAUGAAAGAUCACAGGGAAUGCUAAAGUUCACUGAAGAAAAAAUAUCUAUUUGUGAUUAUGUCAUUGUUCCAUGGAUGCGCCGUACCCAUGUGUCGGACGGCUGUACAUUCGAAGACGUUGACACACUCAACUUCUUGUCAGGACUAGAUAUUAUCCACGCAAAGUUAUUUCGUGACAGAAAUAAGAAUAAAUUUAUUCUUGUGUGCUUGGAUCACUGCUCUUUAGAAGUUCUUCCACCACAGGAGAUUAAUUUAUUAAAGUAUAGAAUACCUUCAAAGAUCGACACUUUAGUCAUUGAACUUCUUGGUACAACAGAAAGACAGCGCGAUCAACAAGGUCGGUUGGUUAUCGAGGCCAAAGAAUACGUGGAUGCCAAAACUAAAUUGACAUCGGCUGUACGAAAAAAUAAAAAAUGUUACAGUAAAUAACGCACAAACUAAGACAAAUCAAGCACACUAUGUUGCAAUGCCAUUCCACCAUUUCAUUUCAUCAAACAAGCAAACAUUAAAACGUGUUCUAAAGUAAUUUUAUGAACAGUUCCUUAAAGGAGCUAAUUGCUACUUGACUAUCUGCCAAACAAAAUUUUUGUGGUAAAGCACCUUUUGACAGUCAUUCAAUGUAUAUCUUUUGCGCAAGGUCUGUAAAAAAUGCUAUAACUUAUUAUCAUGUUUAAUAUAUGUUCAAAUAAUGAAUUCAUUUUGAAAUAUAUCUCGCAUAUUUUGUAAUGCAUGUUUAUUUAAAAUCAAAUGAUGAAAAUUUUUGCUCUAUGAGUUUGUAUUAAAGAAAAAUUAUACGAUGUUUGUGUAGCUUUAUAACCUAUAACACAGAUGUAAAAAUAAAAUUAGCUACUUUUUCAUCA